UGUAACGAAUUUGGUUCGACGGCUCAGUUUAGGCGCCAUUUACAAGAUAGAGUUUUCAAGUAGGAAAGGAACUCGGAAUGGAUCAGUGUUGAAUUUUGUGGGUUAUAUUGGAGGGAUUUUGGAUUUACUGACACUUUUUCGAAAUCGUUUGUCGGAUGAGUGAAGAAGACUUUUGACGAACCCUGUGUGUGUUUUUGGAAGAUUUCAAAUCAUGCCAUCUAAAACUGCAAAGAGCUCAACUGCCUCCGCCAAGCCAAGAGGGAAAGGGUCGCAGCCUCGGGAUGACUCCGAAGACGAGCUGGAUGUACCCCCUCAAGAAACAAACUCCAAUGGCCAAGAGGAGGCACCGCCGACAACUGAUUCAUCUGAGGGGGAAGCUACAGAGGCGGUUGAUAAUCGAAGUUUGGAGGAGAUUCUCGGUAGCAUCCCUCCACCCCCGCCCCCAGCAAUGACCAAUGAACCGGGCGCUCCUCGCCUGAUGAUCACACAUUUAGUUAAUCGCAACUUUAAAUCGUAUGCAGGCGAGCAGAUUCUGGGGCCUUUUCACAAGCGCUUUUCCUGCAUCAUUGGUCCAAAUGGAAGUGGAAAGUCCAAUGUAAUAGAUUCAAUGCUCUUUGUGUUUGGAUACAGAGCUCAAAAGAUCAGAUCAAAAAAACUUUCAGUGCUGAUUCACAGCUCUGAUAAACACAAAGAUGUGCAAUGCUGUACUGUGGAGGUGCAUUUUCAAAAGAUUAUUGAUAAGGAAGGAGAUGACUACGAAGUCAUCCCCAACAGCAAGUUCUAUGUUUCCAGGACUGCCAACAAAGACAGUUCCUCAGCCUACCAUAUCAAUGGCAAGAAAGCCACUUUCAAAGAAGUGGGGGCUUUGCUCCGAAGCCAUGGCAUUGACCUAGACCACAACAGAUUUCUGAUCUUGCAGGGUGAGGUGGAGCAGAUUGCCAUGAUGAAGCCUAAAGGUCAAACGCAGCAUGAUGAGGGGAUGCUGGAGUACCUGGAGGACAUCAUUGGUUCUUGUCGUCUCAAGGAGCCUAUUCAGAUCCUGGCUCGUCGCAUUGAGCUACUUAAUGAGCAGAGAGGAGAAAAGCUGAACAGAGUAAAGCUAGUAGAAAAGGAGAAGAAUUCUUUGGAGGGGGAGAAGAACAAAGCCAUGGAGUUCCUCACCCUGGAGAAUGAUAUCUUCAAAAACAAAAGUCAGCUCUAUCAGUAUAAUGUUCACGAUCUGCAGAAGCGUGUGGUGGAUAAGGAGCAGGAAAAGCAGAAGAUCUUGGAAGAAACCAAGGAACUCACUGAAAAAAAUGCAAAGUUAUCACAGGAGAUGGAGAAAAUGAAUGCAGAACUUCAAAAUGUAGAAAAGAAACAAAAUAAAAUCAACAAAUACAUUGAGACCCAGAAACAGAAAUUCACCCAGCUGGACCUGCAGGAUGUUGAAGUGCGCGAGAAGAUUAAACACUCCAAGAGCAAGAACAAGACAUUGCACAAGCAGCUUGAAAAGGACCAGAAAAAGCUGGAAGAAGUUCGCAGUAUACCAGCCAGCAGUGAAAAAGCCAUCUCUGAGGCAACAGCCCAUAAGGGAAACCUGGAGAAACAGAAGGCGAAAGAAGAAGAAAAACUUAAGGAAGUAAUGGAGAGUCUAAAGGAAGAGACCAGCGGCUUGCAACAGGACAAAGAGAAAAAAGAGAAGGAGCUCAUGGAACUCAGUAAAACUGUAAACGAGACUCGUUCUCGUAUGGACCUCGCUCAGUCUGAGCUUGACAUCUACCUUAGCCGUCACAAAACGGCUCUGACACAACUGAACACAGCCAAACAGACACUUCAGGCAACAUCAGACACAUUGCAGGAGCGCCGCAUCGCCAUCAAAGACCUGGAAGUCCAAAUACCCCAGAAAGAGAAGGAGCUCAUGAAGGACCAGGAAGAGCUAGAACAGCUAUUGAAGAUGGACAGUGAGACUAAAGAAGUGGUGAGGGAAUUGAGGCAGAAGGUAGAUGAAGCCAAGAGUUCUUUGUCAUCCAAUCGCAGUCGAGGAAAAGUCUUGGACGCCCUAAUGCAACUGAAGAAAAGUGGCAAAAUUCCUGGCAUCUAUGGAAGAUUGGGAGAUCUUGGAGCCAUAGAUGAGAAGUAUGAUGUGGCCAUUUCCUCAUGUUGUGGUGCUUUGGACAACAUUGUGGUGGAUACUAUUGACACAGCUCAGAAAUGUGUCACGUUCCUCAAAGAACAGAACAUCGGAAUUGCCACUUUCAUAGGUCUUGACAAGAUGAAGGUGUGGGAGAGGAACAUGGCUCCCAUCUGCACUCCGGAGAACAGCCCUCGUCUCUUUGACAUGGUGCGAGUGAAUGAUGAGACUGUGCGACCCGCUUUCUAUUUUGCCCUAAGGGACACCCUAGUUGCCCAGGACAUGGAGCAGGCCACAAGAAUGGCUUUCCAGAAAGACAAACGCUGGAGAGUGGUCACCCUGAAGGGACAGAUAAUUGAGAUGGCUGGAACCAUGACUGGAGGGGGAAGAGUAUUAAAAGGCAGAAUGGGCUCUUCUAUUGGCACUGAGGUCUCCCAGGUGGAACUUGACCGUAUGGAAAGCAAACUAAACGAGAAAGUGUCAAAGCUACAAGGCUGCCAAGAGAGAAAGCUGCAGCUAGAGGAGAAUAUCCAGCGCCUCCAGCCACUACUCCGAGAAAUGAAGAACACACUGGAAAAAUACACCAAAAGCAUGACUAGUCUUGCUGACCAGGAAGCUCACUUGAAACUUCAGAUUAAGGAGCUUGAAGCCAAUGUUCUGGCAGCUGCCCCUGACAAGGCCAAGCAGAAGCAGAUGGAGAAGAGCCUGGAAGCCUUCAAAAAAGACUAUGAGUCGGCAUCUAGUAAGGCUGGGAAGGUGGAAAAUGAGGUAAAAAGGCUCCACAACCUGAUUGUAGACAUCAAUAGCCACAAACUAAAGGCUCAGCAGGACAAACUUGACAAGAUCAACAAGGAAUUAGAUGACUGCUCCUCCACCAUAACCAAGGCCAAAGUGGCCAUAAAGACAGCUGAUCGCAACUUGAAGAAGUGUGAGGAAAGCGUUGCUCGUGUGCAUGGUGAGCUGGAGGACAAUGAGAAGUUAAUGGCUGAACUCACUGAAAAAUUGAAGAAGCUGGAAGAUGAGGCUGGGGAGGUCAUGAAAGCCUGUCAGGAAGCCGAGGCUGCACUGCCUGAGGUGCAGGAGCAGUAUCAAACCGUGUCAAAGGAGAUAAAGAUCCUGCAGCAGCAGGAACAUGCACUACAAGAGCAGUCCCUGAAUGUCCGCCUCUCUAUAGAGCAAAUAGAUGCCAUCAUCACUAAACACAAGAGCAAGAUUAAAUACUGGCAGGAAGAGGCCUCCAAGCUGGCCCUUCAUACCAUUGAGGGCCAGCCAGCAGAGAAACUCUGUGUAUUGACUCCUGCUGAACUUGAAGCAAUCCCAGAUCCCAACAGAAUUAUCAACAAGCUGAGCACAUUAGAGAUCCAUUGUGGACAGAUGAAGCCCAACCUUGGAGCCAUUGCUGAGUACAAGAAGAAGGAAGAGCUGUAUCUGCAGCGUGUUGCUCAGCUGGAUGAGAUCACUACGGAAAGAGACAAAUUCAAACGUGGCUACGAGGACCUCCGCAAACAGCGGCUCAAUGAAUUCAUGACUGGGUUCAACAUGAUCACAAACAAGCUGAAGGAAAACUACCAAAUGCUUACACUGGGUGGUGAUGCAGAGCUGGAGCUUGUGGACAGUUUGGACCCGUUCUCUGAGGGCAUCAUGUUCAGUGUUCGUCCUCCAAAGAAAAGCUGGAAAAAGAUCUUUAACCUGUCUGGAGGAGAGAAGACCCUCAGCUCCCUGGCUCUGGUGUUCGCUCUGCACCACUACAAGCCCACACCGCUCUACUUUAUGGAUGAAAUAGACGCAGCUCUUGAUUUCAAGAACGUCUCCAUCGUGGCCUGCUAUAUAUAUGAGCAAACAAAGAACGCUCAGUUCAUCAUCAUCUCCCUGAGGAACAACAUGUUUGAGAUUGCUGAUCGUCUCAUUGGCAUUUACAAAACACACAACACCACAAAGAGUGUGGGAAUCAAUCCCAAGACCAUCGUCUUUAAGGAGCAUGACGCCAUCACUGCUUAAAUCUGAAAACAGUCUUUGUUUCACACCAUGUCAAUAUUUUGAAACUGUCCUAAAACUUAAUGCUAUUUUUAUCUAAAUAAAUUGUUCUGUAAGUUUUUAAUGAACAAUGUGUGCACAGAAUUUUAUAUUUCUUGUAUGAAUAUCAGCUUAAAGAGCCAAGUGACAUGAGAAAAUAUUAACAAGUGGCCAGCUGGCUUUUUUUUUUCUUUUUUUUGAGAUGGCUUGGAUCCCAUAUGCUGCAGGACAUAGAUACCUGUAGAAAUGUUCAGUUAAAUAAGCACACUGCCCCAUGAGCUGAACUUUACUGUUUCAUUAUUUCUGAAAUGUAUAAACACAAAAGGCAUCUUAAAUACUAUAAAACUGUUUAUUGUAAUAAAAAGUGCCACAAGUCUA